AUGGGUCAGGGCCUCACACCAGGCGAGCUGGAGACCAUCAGCAACAUCGAGCGAGGCUGCUCGGUGGUCUCACUGAUAGGAUGUGUCUUCAUCAUUGUCACCUUUUGCGCCUCCAGCUCGUUCCACAAGCCCAUCAACAGACUGGUGUUUUAUGCUUCGUUCGGCAACAUGAUGACGAAUGUGGGCACGCUCAUGUCCAGGAGCUUCAUCAGCCAGCCACACUCUCCCGCCUGCCAAUUGCAAGGGUUCCUCAUCCAGAUGUUCAUGCCUGCAGAUGCAUUCUGGACACUGGCCAUGGCGUUCAACGUCUAUCUGACAUUUUACCACAAGUAUGACGCGAGAAAGUUGCGGCGAAUGGAGAUACCAUAUCUGCUGUGCUGCUACGGCAUCCCCUUCAUCCCCGCUUUCGUCUACAUUUUCCUCAAGAACAAAGACGGCUAUCGAGCCUACGGCGAUGCCACACUUUGGUGUUGGAUCACGACCGAAUGGGAUGUUUUCCGUAUCGCCACGUUUUACGGCCCCGUCUGGGUUGUCAUCUUUGCCACCUUUUUCAUCUACAUCCGAGCCGGACGAACAAUCUAUGAGAAGCACAAGCAGCUCAACGACUUUCACUCCUCCGAAGGCCUUUCCUCCAUCGACGUCAUCACCACCCUCAGGACCACCGAGGUGACCGUGACGACAUCGGAUGCUGUGCCCCCGAAUCCUGCAGACUUCCGCCCACAUGCCGAUCCGGAUGCCAACUACUCGGUGCAUAUCUCGGCCAGUGCUCCUCCCGCCGGCGACAAGAUCGAGCCCGUUCGACCUGUUGUCACGGAGGCCGCCAAGAAGUCGAGAAUGGGAAGGAAGAAGGACCCUAACCGACGACGCAACUACGAAAUCAACAACGCAGCAUGGGCUUACGCAAAGUGCUCGCUCUUGUUCUUCACGGCGCUGCUCGUUACUUGGAUCCCCUCGAGCGCCAACCGAGUCUAUUCCGUCGUCAAGGCCCAGGAGAUCAACGCACCGCUUGAGACCAUGAGUGCCUUUGUGCUUCCGCUCCAAGGAUUCUGGAACGCCGCCAUCUACGCCGUAACAUCAUGGGAAGCAUGCAAGAGCUUUUGGGAAGAUAUCAAGACUGGCAAACGGCCGGAAGUGAUGGAGCUGGUGGGAGGAGCGGACCCGCAGGAGGAGAACAAACGCCACAGCCGCGGCAUUGCCAAUUUCAGGCCGGGAAACAGAUCAAAGGGAAUCGACUCGGAGAGUAUGACGGAGCUCAACACCCGAACGCCCUCCGCAGACGCUCACUCAUCGGUGGAGACCAACUCGGCGUAUGGACGAUCAAGCACAUGA